AUGAGCAUCAGGGUCCCGUUCCUGCUCACCUUCCUGGCGCUGUCAGCCUGCCAGGGCCGCACGGCCACUCUGCCGCAGACCUCCACCUUGCUGAAGGAGAGCAUCAGGCUGCUGAGCAACCUGGAGACAAAGGUUUCCUGUGACAAGAUGAACGUGACAAAUAUUUUUGCUGGCGAUAAGAAAGCCAAUGAUACAGAGAUGUUAUGCAAAGCUGCCACAAUCGCCUUGGAGAGCCGGGACUGCCACACGCACCUGGAGGGCAUUUACCUCAACCUGCUCAGUCUCAUCCAAAGGAAGAGCACAGCCUACAAGGCACCAUGUCCUGUGGCAGCAGGCAACACUACUUCACUGAAACAGUUCCUAGCGGACUUACACAGAGUCCUCCAACAAUUAGUAAAAGACCAGAGCUUGAAGUGA